GCAGUUAUUGAACAUUGAAUGAAUUAAUCAAUGAAUGAAAAUAUUAUUUGUAUAUUUUAGUCAAAAGUAGAGUAACAUCAAAUUGUGCAGUAAAUUACAUUAUUAUUAUUAGUAGUAGUAGUAGUAGUAGUAGUAGUAGUAGGUAUUUUUAUAUUUUAAGUAAAUCAGUGUAAUAUGUAAUUAAUAUAGGCCAUCAAAUCUAAUAUAAUAUAUUCUAUACAUCUAAUAUAUCACUGUAUACACAUCGUCGUAUAUACUUCUAUAAAGUUGUACUUAAUUGCAGGCUACAGAUAGCAAAGAACAGUGUCUUCUUGCAUAAUUUUUCCUUUUUUUUUUCCUGGCUGGCUCCCUCUUGCAUCACGGAGGCUGGUGUGACGUCGCUGCUCGACUCGGGAUCUGUCCCGGGAAGCCGUGGUGCUGAAUCCGCAGCGACAGGCUGGCAGGCUGCAACAUCUCAACCAGCCACACUUCUCUUCCCUCCCGCACAUUAAAGGCACCGUUCGGUGACCCAGCCGAGCCUCUGGCGCCUGGAUUAUUAAAGCCAUUUUGCUCGGGAGAAACCCCCGCGGAGAGACGCACGGUUUGGUGAGGGGAAGAGGAUGUGCACGGAUUGAGUCGAGCUUUCUGCUGCAAGUCUGCUUCUGCAGAAUAACACCUGAAACAGCCUGUGCGUGAAUAUGAACGUUGUGCACAGGGAUAAGCCAGGCAUGUGGAGCGUUUAAGAAAAAAACAAACAAAAAAAAAACAGAGAUGAAGCAAAGAGCAAAGAUUACAAAGAGAAGUGCGGGGAAAACUGGGCUCUUUUAGCUCAUAAGGACAUCGUGCGCCAGGCUACAUGAAGUGAUUGCUUGGGGGGAAAAAUAGACAUUUCCAGCCUGGAAAUCCUUUUACGCAGCAUGCACAGAUCACACAAUGCACAGAAACAUCAGAUUUCUAUGUAUUUUUCUUAUAAGUGAGUGUGUCGUUUGAUCAUUUUCAUCAUUUGUGGAAAGACAGGAAGGCAGAGUGUCCAGCGUCACCCGCAGGCUCAUCUCUUUUCUUCUCGCGGUGAGGGACGGAUGCAGUGCGGCCGCGGCAUGCUGAAGGGCCGCUGCUGCUGUGUGCUCUUCCGGGACCUGCAGGUGCUGCUGCUCAGGGACAUGAGCGGACACCGAGACAGCGAGGCUCCCGGCACUCAGCCCCGGUCCACAGAGGACUCAGUGCUGGACACGGCGGUGGCAGAGCUCUCCAAAGAUAAACGGGAUGAGCGCUUCUCCUUUAUCAGCUACGCCGAGGGCACGCCGGUGUGCAGGAUCUGUUUCCAAGGGCCCGAGCAGGGGGAGUUGCUGAGUCCAUGUCGCUGUAGUGGCUCUGUCCGCAGCACUCACCAGCCCUGUCUAAUUAAGUGGAUCAGUGAAAGAGGCUCCUGGACAUGCGAGCUUUGCUACUAUAAGUACCAGGUCAUCGCCAUAAGCACGAAGAAUCCCUUACAGUGGCAGGCUAUCUCGCUGACAGUAAUAGAGAAGGUUCAGAUUGCAGCAGCCAUCUUGGGCUCACUGUUUCUAAUUGCCAGCAUCUCAUGGCUGGUGUGGUCUUCACUCAGUCCUUCAGCCAAGUGGCAGCGCCAGGACCUGCUCUUUCAGAUCUGCUACGGCAUGUACGGCUUCAUGGAUGUGGUGUGUAUUGCUCUGAUUGUCCACGAGGGCCCUUCCGUCUUCCGCAUAUUCAACCGCUGGCAAGCAGUAAACCAAAAGUGGAAAGUUCUGAACUAUGAUAAAAAGAGGGACAGCGAGGAGCUAAAGGCCAGCGAAGGCGAGUGGACUCUCUCUCUGCUCCAUCAGCAGGAGCAAGCGGGUGCCGGUAUAUCACCGUCAACCUCCUCGUUAAUGGCUGCUGCGACAGCUCCCGAUACGCCAAACACCACAGCAGCAGCUCUUACUACAGAGGACUCUUCACAAAACAACAGCAAUGACACUACAGGGACUGACCAUCACUGUCCUUAUAGCUUUUUUCAUCUUCUUAGUCACCUUAGGCCACAUGAGCUACGCAGCCAGUCUGGAAACACCAGCAACACCAGCACCCAUCAGCCCAGAGAACUGGUCAUGAGAGUAACCACUGUGUGAGCAAACAAAUGACAUGCCUUAUCAUCAUGGACUUGGAAUGUCAAAAAGCACAAAGGGUGAAUGUUUUAAUGCUCUUGUCCGAUUGGAAGAAAAGCACAAUUUCUUGUUUGGUGCACAGGAUGAAAUCUGGAUUAUGUAUAACAAUUGGCAACUGUAAUGACACAAUUUGCUGCAGUAUUGCAGAUAGAAAAGAAAAGAAAACAACAAAAAACGAGUUUAUCUGUACCUUUACAAUACAGCUUUGUCUCGGAGGCAACCUGUCACACAUUUACCUUCAUGUUUAAUUCAUUUAUCUGUAAAUGUGACCACAUCUGUCCAUCCACACCGUCUCAGUCAGAAAGUCCAGGCAGGUGGAGAAGCUAACGAAACGCUGAGACAGCAGGUCUCAUGUCUCAUCUGUCAACAUUCUGUAUUAAACAACUGUACAGUCUGAACGUUUACAGUCAGAAAUGGUUUAUCUCACAGGUGAACUGUGUUUUUGUUUCCCGAAGUCACUGUAAAACUGAAAUUUUAAAAUAACCGAAGAGAUAGGACUCUUACAGUAACUGUGCGUUCUUUUCCCCUGAGGAAGCCUUUACUUUCUCAAUCACAUGGGAUGCCAUGAAGUGCUAAUGUCAGAUGUUUCCUAUUUCCACACGGUGUUUCAAGAUUACUUUUGCCUUGUUGCCAUUUCAGUACUGAAAAUGAAAUAAACUUUAAAUAUGCCAUUGUGAACACGAACGUUCAUUUUAAUAUGGUGUACCGUUUAUAAUGAUAAACACAAAAUAAGGUAAAAUCACUGUUGGGUUCUUUCAUUCAGAGCAGAACAUCGUCUGUGUUGGAGAUGAAUGAGCAGGAAGUGCUUUAAGAGCCCAGUAUCUGCUGACUUUCAAUGCCCACCGUCUGCGACCCCUGAAUAAUUCAGUCCAUGAAGUGCUGAUAUCAAUAGGCUUGAGGUACAAUAACAGCUUCCUUGGGAAAGCCUAGUGCUGAGAGUUCACAGUGAAUUAAUUUGCCCCAUUUCUCUUUGCACUUUUAUUGAUGUCAGCGUCUUUUUGCCGCAGCACUCUUGGAAAUAAGUCAAAGUAGGAGGAAAGCCUGUUUGAGAAGUGAAUCAAAGGUUCACGUCUUUUUUUUUUCCAUGAGGAGGAGAAGAUAUCAGACAUUUUGGCACACACUUUGCACAUCUUUGCAAGUCUCAUGCUGUUUUUAGUGCAUGAAAUAUUUUCUGGAAGGAAGAAGUAUGUUACGGCAUUUAUUUUGUUGCUGAAGGUUUAAUGGUUCCCAUAACUGCUUGUGGCAAACCUGGUGUAGCUGUCAAAAUAAUGAACAGAACUGUACAUUUCUGCUUGCAGUCCCAUUUUAUGGCAUAUUUCAGAAUCAGCAUUAAAUCACCGGAGUUUACUGGUUCUGGGUGACAUACAAGCCAGAAACAUUCAUUCUUACAAGACAUAAGUAGCUUUGUGGAUGGGGAAGUGAAAUUUGUUGAUGAUGUUGAACAUUUCUGAGGUUUUCUUGCUAGCGAUAAUUAAAGUUCUAACUUACCAUUUGCUAUUAAGAAAAUAGAAAUAGGAAAUCUACACCGAAAAACAAAAAUCUUUCAGUUAUAGUACACUCACCAGCCACUUUAUUAGGAACAUCUGUACAUUCAGUUGUUUAUGCAAUAGUCAGUCUAUCAUGAGGCAGCAGUGCGUUAUGGAAAAAUGAUGCAGAAACAGUUAAUGUUCACAACAAACAUCAGAAUGCAGAAAAAGUAUGAUCUCUGGGACUUUAACCAUGGUGUGGCCAUUUGAGUAUUUGAGAAAUCGCUGAUCUCCUGGGAUUUUCACAGAUUCUUGAUCACCUUGUUGAUUAGAGACCAGAGCAGAAUGACCAGACUGGUCUGUGUUGUCUGUGUUAGUAACUUAAAUAAUCACACUGUGGUGAGCAGAAACGCAUCUCACCAUGCACAACCUUGAUAUGCAUGGGUUUCAGCAGCAGAGGAGCACAUCAGGCUCCACUCCUGUCAUCCAGAAACAAGAAUCUGAGGCACAAACUCACCCAAACUGGACAGAUGAAGACUGGAAAAAGACUAGGUGAUAUUUUUUUACUCUUCAACCAUCCAGUUUGAGUGAGCUUUUUGAUUCCUGUUCUUGGCUAACAGGAGUGAAACCCAGUGUGGUCUGUUGAUGUUAAAAUUUCAAAGUUUUGUAUGUGCUAAGAUGCUUUUCACAGGUGUAAAGACCAGUCAAAAAGCAGUUUCCGGUCAUUCAGUUUUUUUGUGUUUCACACCAGUCUGUGUAAACUCUAGAGACUGUCUUUUGUCUAAUUCAUAGUAAUAGAAAUAGCUGUUAUUUGUCACAUAUACAUUACAGCACAGUGAAAUUCCGUCUUCGCAUAUCCCAUCCUUGGAGGUUGGGGUCAGAGCACAGGGUCAGCCAUGAUACAGCACCUCUGGAGCAGAGAGGGUUAAGGGCCUUGCUCAAGGGCCCAGCAGUGGCAACUUGGCGGUGCUGGGGCUUGAUUCCACAAUUUCUGAAAUACUCACACCAGCCCAUCAUGAACCAACCACCAUGGCAUGAUCAAAAUCACAUAGAUUAUGUUUUUUUCUUCAAUCUGAUGUUUGAUGUAAUCAAACUUUUGCACUGUGCUGCUGCCACAUGAUUGGAAAGAAUUUGCAGUGUUCCCAAUAAAGUGGAAAUUGAGUGUAUAUAGACAAUACAAUAUUAACAACCUAUACCAUAUUUUAUACAGAAAUAAUAUACUCUUGUGAGUAAAACCUGA